AUGGCCUCCGUGGCCGCCACCUCCACGCUGGCCCCAGCACUCGUGUCCCGGCGGCGGGCGCGGUCAGGGACGGGGCUGCCGCCGCCGCGCCGGGCCUCGGCCGUCCGCUGCUCGCUCGACAGCAACGUCUCCGACAUGGGUGUCAACGCUCCCAAAGGGUUAUUCCCACCUGAGCCAGAGCACUACAGGGGUCCAAAGCUCAAGGUGGCCAUCAUAGGGGCAGGCCUUGCCGGCAUGUCAACCGCCGUUGAGCUCUUGGACCAGGGCCAUGAGGUUGAUUUGUAUGAGUCCCGUCCGUUUAUCGGUGGUAAGGUUGGCUCCUUUGUUGAUAAGCGAGGAAACCAUAUCGAGAUGGGGCUGCACGUGUUCUUCGGGUGUUACAGCAACCUCUUCCGCCUCAUGAAGAAGGUUGGCGCUGAUAAUAAUCUGCUGGUGAAGGAACACACCCAUACUUUUGUAAAUAAAGGGGGCGUGAUUGGUGAACUUGAUUUUCGGUUCCCGGUGGGAGCUCCAUUACAUGGCAUUCAAGCAUUCCUAAGAACUAAUCAGCUCAAGGUUUAUGAUAAAGCAAGAAAUGCAGUUGCUCUUGCCCUUAGCCCAGUUGUUCGGGCUCUGGUUGAUCCGGAUGGUGCAUUGCAGCAAGUGCGGGGCUUGGAUGAUGUAAGUUUCAGUGAUUGGUUCAUGUCCAAAGGUGGUACUCGGGAGAGCAUCACAAGAAUGUGGGAUCCUGUUGCUUAUGCUUUGGGUUUCAUUGACUGUGAUAAUAUCAGUGCACGUUGCAUGCUUACUAUUUUCACCUUGUUUGCCACAAAGACAGAGGCAUCCCUGUUACGCAUGCUAAAGGGUUCACCUGAUGUUUACUUAAGUGGCCCAAUAAAGAAGUAUAUAACAGACAGGGGUGGUAGGUUUCACUUAAGGUGGGGAUGCAGAGAGGUUCUGUAUGAUAAAUCACCUAAUGGAGAGACCUAUGUUAAAGGCCUUCUCCUCACCAAGGCUACAAGUAGAGAGAGAAUCAAAGCUGAUGCAUAUGUUGCAGCUUGUGAUGUCCCGGGUAUCAAAAGACUACUUCCAUCAGAAUGGAGGGAAUGGGAAAUGUUUGAUAAUAUCUACAAGUUAGAUGGUGUCCCUGUUGUCACUGUUCAGCUUCGCUACAAUGGAUGGGUCACUGAACUUCAAGAUUUGGAGAAAUCAAGACAACUGCAGAGGGCAGUUGGGUUGGAUAACCUUUUGUACACGGCGGAUGCGGAUUUCUCCUGUUUUUCAGACCUUGCUCUCUCAUCUCCUGCUGAUUACUACAUUGAAGGACAAGGUUCCCUGAUCCAAGCUGUGCUGACUCCUGGGGAUCCAUACAUGCCAUUGCCAAAUGAGGAAAUCAUUAGUAAGGUUCAAAAGCAGGUUGUAGAAUUGUUCCCAUCUUCCCGGGGCUUGGAAGUUACAUGGUCCAGUGUGGUUAAGAUUGGACAAUCGUUGUACCGUGAGGCUCCUGGAAAUGACCCAUUCAGACCUGAUCAGAAGACACCCGUUAAAAACUUCUUCCUCUCUGGAUCUUACACGAAACAGGACUACAUUGACAGCAUGGAAGGAGCAACUCUCUCUGGCAGGCGAACAGCGGCCUACAUCUGCAGCGCCGGAGAGGAGCUGCUGGCCCUGCGAAAAAAGCUAGUCAUCAACGACAGCGAGAAGGCGUUGGGGAACGUUCAAAUCUGCCCCUGCAGGCGUUUCCUAUCCCUGAAUUCGAAAAGCAGGGUGUCUAGGUGGCAUACGGGAUUACAUCAGGCAGUGUGCCAUGCACAUUUGAAGUUUGAACUAUGGUUUAUGGAAAGCCGGGCGGGUGGCCGCUGUGCUGGAAACCGAAACCGGGGCGGAGGCGUUGUCGCCACCGGCGCCUCACGGGCGUCGUCCGAGCUCCUCAGAGCCCUUUCCCCAAACAAGAACAUCAGGGAUGGUGCUACCCAGCAGGGCGACGAUCCGGUUCCGCCGCCUUGCGGCAGCGUCGACGACGUGCUCGCCGUGCUCCAAGACGAUUACCGGCUCGCCUACUUCCUCACCGGACUCUCUAGGUACUCUCAGAAUCUGGACCUGCUGGUGCCGUUCUUCGACAGCCCUUCGCUUGAACUAGAGAGCAUUGAGAAGGGUUUGAGGGUUGAAACGAAGUUCGUCAAAGCAACAUGGAAACUGAGGACAUAUUUAAGGCUUCCAUGGAGGCCCCUGAUCGCGAUCAGAGGGAACACAACAUAUGAUCUGAAUGAAGAUUUCAAGGCGACUCGGCACUCUGAGAGCUGGGACGUCUCUGCGCUUGAGGCCAUCGCUCAGAUCUUCAUCUCGGCCCCGGAGCCGCUGGAAGGCAGCUGA